AUGCUGCAGCCGCAGCUGGACUUUCAAGCUUUGCCGGAAGGAUGCAUAGCCACCGUGAUCUCCUUGACCAGUCCUCCAGAUGCAUGCAGGCUCUCGUUGCUUUCAAAGGUUGUCAGGUCGGCGGCAGAAUCCGACGCCGUUUGGGAUAAGUUCAUUCCGCCUGAGACACAAAUUACAAUCCUAUCUCACCCCAAUUCCCUCUCCUCUCCUAAUUUCAAAUCCAAGAAGGACCUCUUCAUGACUCUCUGCGACAACCCCGUCCUCAUCAACGAGGGCACUAUGAGCUUUUCAUUGGACAAAUGGAGUGGUAAGAAAUGUUAUAUGAUAGCUUCAAAGGGCCUUCGGAUUGCUUGGGGUGAUACUCCUCGGUAUUGGGAAUGGAUUUCUCUGCCUGAUUCCAGGUUUGAGGAGGUCGCUGAGCUUCGGGGGGUUGGUUGGUUUGAAAUUCGUGGGAGAAUAGCUACUCGCAUGCUUUCCCCCUCCACUCUAUAUAAAGCUUAUCUUGUGUACAAGUUUAAUGGGCGACCUCAUGGAUUUGAAGACCAUCCCACAGCGGUGGCCGUAUCUGCAAGGUCUUAUGGCUUUGAUUACGAAUCCCCAAAUUUGAGUGAAAUGGUUGAAGGAGGAGACCUUAAGUACACUGCCUUUCUGGCGCGGCCGGAAAGAGAAGUCAGUGAAGAAGCUCGACUUCCAGACGAGAGGGUGGAUGGCUGGUUGGAGAUGGAGCUAGGUGAGUAUCUCUGUGAAGGUGAUGAAGAUGCGGAGUUGGAGAUGAUUUGUUGUGAGAUUAAUAGUAGCGGCAAGGAUGGCAUCAUUGUGCAAGGGAUUGAGGUCAGACCCAAAAGGAACUAG